CCCAGAUGACUCCGGUCCAAUCUCAUUGAUUGCGGAAUCGAAAAUCACAUGGUGGUAUGUGCUCCUAUCCUCAACUAUCUUGUUAUUAUUGCGUUGUUUCCAAUCGGGGACGAGCCAGCGAAGGCGACAGACAUCGGAUUCUAGGCUUCACGCGAGGACGGGAACGCCAGCGGAGACUAACGACUGUCAUUUCUGUGCAGGCGCGUUCAGUCACUCGACCCUUUAUUUCCCUCGAAACGCUUCAUCCUUCCCUUUUGACUAGCUAACGUUUUCGACACUCAUUUUCCUUGCAUUGAUAUCCUUUCUCUCUCCUUUAUUUUCACAAUACCAUUUGGGUUCGUACAUUCAAUUUCCCAGAGCCCAUCACCAUUUCGCUUCUUUCGUCAAUCAUGGCGCUCGGCAGAAAGCGCAAGUCCGAGAGCGUUUCAGUAGCUGACAAGGCAGCUACUCCCUCAAAGAAGGUGUGUUGUAAUUCUAGUCCGUCAAUUGAGCCCUGAACUACUCAUUAUCACUUCCUCGCAUCCCUUUCCGAGCCAAGUAUCACAGCCGCGCCGGUCAAUUGGUUACCAAAGGCUUUACGAGUCCGCGGAGAGCUGACGGUAUUUUCACCACCAGGUUGCCACCGACACUGCCACGACGCCUGAAACGCC